GUCGGUCACGAGACGAUAGCGGUCAGCUGCUCGCUUGUGUAACGUUCAUUGAGGAGAGGCCAAAAGCGUGGCGUCACUGGGCAAGAGAUGUCAGUGCCACGAGAGGCUUGAAGCAGGAAGGAGUUCGUUCAUCGUGGCUCCAUGCUCCCGGGAUGCUGUGUGCUACACGUGUGCGAAGGUAGUGUGACAAAGCAUACGAAAAACUUCGCACAUUCGGUCUAGUGACGUCAACAGUGAAUCGGUACAUCAUUGUGUUUCAUGCGUGUGUUAAACUUGAACAAAUAUUAUCUAUUUUGUCAGUGGUGUAAUAACUCAGUAGCUCAACUUAAUGAUAUUUAAACAUUCGAUUUUCAUUCCUGAGAAAACACGUCUCAUUUGUGUUACUAUCAGUAAUUAGAAGGUGUUUAAAAAUAUAAUUGCUUGUUACAUGAACCAAACGAACUCCAUAAAUAAACACCGUGAUUUGAAUAUUUAGUUGACACUUAACACGCGCUUAAUAUUGUUAUUACUCUCCUAUAAAAGGUUAAGAAUUGUAGAAGUAUUACGUAAUCACGUUUUUGUUUGGUAUUCAAUCUGUGCAGGUAGAAGAAUAAUAAGCAACCGUAUCCAACAGACUUCGAUUACAAUAACAAAAGUGUGGGUGUAUGUCGAGAAUUAUUCAGAAGCAGGAAAUUUCAUUUUAUUUGCUUGCAAAGAGUUACUUUUCGAGAAAGAUUUAAGAAGAUUGAAAGCAAACAAAGUUUUAUGCGAACAAGAUUUAUUUUAAAAUCACUGGUCAGCUGGUAAAUUAUCCUACCAGCAUGAUUCUGUGACCAGUUCUAUGGGCACAUAGAUACUUAAAUUCUAAUCUGAGCAAAGCUUUCCCGAUGGGCUGACUCAUCCAUGGGUUUUGCAUUUGUAUUCCUUGAAUAUCCGGUUUACUGCUGUUCGUAACAUUCUCUUUCGUUAACGACGUGGACUGUUGCCUGUGCAUGUUUGUACAUGUCCCGAAUAGCCAUCAAGGUUGAUGCGCGUUGUUACCUGCGAAGCUGCUCAUUCGAUAGACAAAAUCUACGUUUUCGCGAACUUUCAGUAAUGAACAAAGAAUUUUGACUUACAAGGAAACUUAUAUUCUGCAAGAUUAUAAUCGUGCUGAACGGGAAGUGUGUUAAUAGUGAACAGCAACAACAGUGAUAAGAAAAGCAUUAUUGUUGAAAGAGCAACAGUAAGUUAGUUAUAACCGCAUUCUUGAUUAGACAAAAACUGGAAGAACUGAAUUUUACAACAAGCAACAAUAAGUUGAAAAAUAAACAUUUUUUGAUCAGCGUAGAAGUGUUGGAAGGAGAAACGCAUUACUGUGGACUGAGCUGGAAGAAGCGAUCGCAUUGUUCCCGAACUCUCAGAUGGAACAUAUUGUGACCAUAUUGCUGCAGCUGGUGGUUCUCCUGACGAGGGAAAAAAGGGACAAGAUAUACCCCAACUGAACAGAUGUCGCUGUGGCUGGCUGUGUGUAGGGUAGGGAAGAUUUGGGAAUAGGAUACUUUCCUUUGGUAGAUAAUAAGAAUUUGAUGCUGAGGGUAAUUGACGGAGAGCUAUAAACGAUUUAUACACAAAGAAAUAAGGAGGACGUAAUCAGAAAUAAAAAAAGACUGGUGCCGAAAUAUCACGGUCAAAGUAUUAGCUAGCACUUGUGAUUGUGGUUUAUGUUGGAUCGUGCCAGAAUGGUUCGUAGCCUGGCCCAGUGGACCAAGACACUGAGCUUCCCAGCUCGCAUCUCCCCACAAAAACAUCAGCAGCACCAAGUAACGUCACCACAGAGCGAAUGUACCGUCAUCAACACGUCUGCUAUCCCCGUUAACACGGUAGACAUUUAUCCAGACCCGGACUCGGAAAAAGCCAUCAUGGGCUCUGUGGUGUAUUGUAUCCACCACAAAGAAGGCUGCAAGUGGACGGGGGAGCUGCGAAAACUCAAGGCUCAUCUUAAUACGUGCAAACACGAUGCUAUUCCCUGUACCAACAAAUGCGGAGCACAGAUACCACGUGUCCUGAUGGAGGACCAUCUCAAGUACACGUGUCCACAGCGGCGGGCGAGGUGCGAGUUUUGUGGUAAGGACUUCACGGGACACACAUUGGAGAAUCAUUCUGGCAGUUGUGGGUUUGAGCCAAUAUACUGUGAAAACAAGUGUGGUAUGAAAGUCCAGAGGCGGCACCUCACACAACACAAAGCAGCAGAAUGCUCCAAGCGUCUGGUGCCUUGCCGCUACUGUAGCAAGGAGUUUGUUGCAGACACCCUUCAGGUGCAUCAUACAAAGUGUGGUAGCUUUCCUGUUGCCUGUCCCAACCGUUGUGAUGUUUCCAUUCUAGCACGGGAAGAUCUAGAUCUGCAUCUUAAGGACCAGUGUCCUAUAUUGGGCAUAUGCUGUCCCUUCAAAGAUGCUGGUUGCAGAUUCAAGGGAAAUCGAUAUGCUCUGGAGAAACAUGUUGAUGAGAACAUAAAGCAGCACCUUGUGCUCAUGUGUAGUGUGGUCACCAAGCAGCAGCAUCAAAUCGCCAAUCUGAAAAGUGCCCUCUCACGACUGUCCCUGAACUAUUCAGGAACGCUCAUUUGGAAGGUCAGUGACUACACAUCAAAACUGACUGAAGCAAAAACAAAGGAAGGAAUGGAGUUAGUUAGCCCACCCUUUUACACUAGUCAGUAUGGAUACAAGUUGCAGGCAUCUGUGUUUCUGAAUGGUAAUGGUGCUGGAGAGAGUUCUCACAUCUCAAUCUAUAUCAAGAUUCUACCUGGAGAAUAUGAUGAUCUGUUGCGCUGGCCAUUCUCCCACUCUGUCUCUUUCACUCUCUUUGAUCAAUCAAGUGUUCCUGAGAGUGCCUGCAACAUUGUUGAGAGCUUUAUACCCGAUCCAACAUGGAAGAAUUUUCAGCGUCCAAGUAAGGAACCAGAUUCAUUGGGCUUUGGUUUUCCCCGUUUUGUGUCACAUGAAAUGCUGAAGAAGCGGCAUUUCCUCAAAGAUGACACAAUGUUUAUUAGGGUGAAGGUUGACCCUAGCAAGAUAGUGGCUGUUUAAACCAUGUCAGUGAGUCUUUAAAAAUUAAUGUCAUAUGAAUUUCAUCAGUAAAAUAUUAAAAAGCACAUUACCACUAAUGUGAUUCUCUCAAGCAUAUUCUAUCUGUAACUGGAACAUGCAAUGCAGGUUAUUAUAACAGUUUUCAGCCGAAUUGGCGGUUGAAGCGUGCACCAAUCACAUGUACUGUGCCAUGGUAGGAAGUAGUGGUGGUAGGUGGAGGGGCAAGAUAGUGAGGAAACAACAUGGAGACGUGCCAGAUGUAGCAUCGCGGAACAUUGGAUUCCAGUGAAUGGUUACAAUACGCAAAGAACAUGUAAGAAAUGGCAACAACGCAGUGCGGCUGUCGAUGCUUCUACCGUGGGGGUUCUUAACAGACUGAGGGCUCCCUGCUUACCAACAUACCUUCUUAGCACUCAUUGGUCACUCACAAAGAGCAGAAUUCAACUCAGCCGCCAAUUCCGCUGAAAAAUACUAUAGUAAAGAUCAGUAUCUAGAAACUUAAUACACUGAUUCUAGAAAGUGUGGUGGGAUUAAUGUAUCAGCACCUCCCUACCUGGAAAUAUAACAUUGUUUUCAGUUAACUUUUUAUGUAUUGAUACAUGCAAUAAGCAGUGUUAUCAGAGUUUUGCUGUCUUCUAAUUACCAUGAAUCUACUUAAUUUAUAUUUUCCAUAAACAAAUGGCCGGAAUUACCAGAAAUUUGAAACUAAAGCUGUUAAACUUUCAGAGAGAAGACAGGGUAAAAAAAAUGUUUUUCUUGUACAAAGAAUGGGUUAUGUAUUCAGCAUUUUUCAGGCUUGUAGAUUAGAGAUUUCCAGAUUAUAUAGUAUGCCUUAUUUCCUUAUAACUUGUUGCCCACAAUUUUGUUGAAGUCUUCAUAAAGAUACAUUACGUUACUUGAACAUUAAAUUUGUAUUCAUCACUGUAUAUCAAUUUUUCUCAAUAUGACCAGCAAAUUACACCAAAAUUAGUGUUAAGUCACAUGUAUAUAUUGAACAAGUCAGUAUAUUUAAAUUUCUGUAUGUACUAUAUCUUACAGUAAAGACAGAGAUAUAACACAGUUAGUGACCAAUAAUUUCUUAUUUCUUGUGAUUACUGUUAUAAAAUAAACUGGAUACUGUUACUUUUAGUAUGAAAACAAGUCUUUAGUUGGCUGACAUCAGUGUUGUGAUGUGAGUACAUCCUGGUUGCUGAAGGUACAGAUUCAGAUAUGUAAUAAGUCAUCCAAAUUUUUUUUGCAUAUUGUCAAUCUGUGUUUGGUAGUACAAUAUGCUCUUAGAUUGAAAUGUGACAACUUUCUUCAUGGUUCUGUUCAUGGUGUCAUGUAUUUUCAGAUAUGCAUAUCUUGUGAUUUUUACAUCCAUGUUUAAUUUAUACUAGUUAGUUGUUGUAUGUGUUAAUAUAGUGAGGUAGUAAUGACUAACUGUAGAGGAGGAAAAUCUGAACUGAACAGUUUAAUUACAAAGAAAUGUUAAAAUUAAGUACAAAUAAAUAAACAUUAACAAUGCCAGUCUCCUA